CGAGACGAUAUGUCAGCACUAGUCUUAAAAAAUGAGGUAAAUACAAAGCACCAAUUAUAAAAUUUUUUUAGUGAAUAUCUGUGAUGUAAUAUAUUGCGGGGCGGUGCGAAUUUCUAUAUGUUUUAGUCAUUUAUAGAUAUUUCAAGCAGAUUCUAGUUGGUAAACAGUGUAAAACCCAGCUGAAAUGGAUGCGAAGUUAAUUUUGAAAUGGAUAUCCACCUUUAGUAUACUGUCGUCAGCAAAGCAUAGGCGUUCACAUUGAACUGAGUCACAGAUGCAGAUAACGUGAAAAUAAUAAGCUUCAACUCGCAUCUAGUUAGUUUCUCCAUCAAAAUCAUCAUUUAAAAUCUGUAUGUGGUUUUCCAGAAAUUCAUCAGUGCUUGGUAGUUACGGGCUCGUACCAAAGCCGCGUAACCCUGACUCUCAAAACAAAACCAAAAGUAUAAUUCCAGAGAAUUAUAUAAAAGAAAUCAGACCGCCGACUAUGCGGGGAAGCCCGAUUGAAAUUGAUUUCAGCAUGAGGGUGGUGGAUAUUAACUCUAUCAACGUUGAGGAUAUGGAUUUCCGAAUGGACAUGUUCUUGAAACAAGAAUGGCAAGAUGCUAGAUUGAAAAUACCAGAAGAAAUGUUCGAUUACGGAGACGACUCAAUAACAUUACCUUCGCAGUUUUUCGAAAAUCUGUGGCAACCCGACUUAUAUUUUCUCAAUUCAAAAGUUGUUGAGAUCGCAACAUUAACACACAAAUUUUCAUCGGUAACGUUGUUUAAGAAUAAGACGAUAAGGUAUGCCGCAAGGAUGCAUGCUAUAGUUGCAUGCCAAAUGGAAUUUCAACAUUAUCCAAUGGACACCCAAGUUUGUCCAAUAGCAGUAGAGAGCUUUUCCUACAAUAACAACAAAAUGAUACUCAAAUGGUCUGGAGCUGGUGUGUCGCUUAGCCCAGAGCUUAAACUUUUACAGUAUAACAUUCUUCCACUACAUUUAAGUGAGACACAUGAAUAUACAAACGAAAAAAAUGGUAAUUUUUCAAGGCUAGUAGUAUACUUCAGAUUCGAGAGACAAAUCGGACACCAUCUAAUUCAAACCUUUGCUCCAUCGACUCUAGUGGUGGUACUGUCAUGGUUUAGUUUUUGGCUGGACCUGGAUGCAAUCCCAGCAAGGGUAACACUAUUGGUUACAUGCCUUCUAACACUGGUUACCAUGUUCACUGGUCUAAGAUCAGAUAUUCCAGCAGUGGCCUAUAUCAAGGCACUUGAUCUAUGGAUGGCUGGGUGCAUGAUAUCAGUUUUUGCGGCACUAGGAGAGUUUGUAAUAGUAAAAGUAUUAUAUGGGAAAUAUAACUUGCUCAAAGCAAAAGAGGCUAAAAUGACAGCACAGGAGUCAGCUCUGUCACAGUGGGUUCACCAACCGCCUCCCAAGUAUGUGCAUCAUUUUCGAUAUCGACAUAUGGGCAAAGAUAGGUUCAUCAAACUUUAUUGGAAAACAGACAAUGGAAAAGAAAAAGUAAUGUGGAAACAAAUAGACAGGACCAGCAGAAUCGUUUUUCCAUCAUUUUUCUUCAUCUUCUGUAUGAUGUACUGGACUAUACUAAUCUUCGGAUGCCGACACAAACACUAGCGACUACAAAAAUAACAACACAAUUAAAAAACACAAAUUUUAUUAACUAUAAAAGUACAAUACAAUUUAUACAGUCAAGCAUAUAUGAAAAACAGUUUAGAAUAUUGCCUGUUUGUUGUUAUAAGGCACCUAUGUUGAUAAGUAAUAAUUAUACUUCUAUAUGAACACUUUCU